AUGGAGAGAGCGAUGGAGCAGCUCAACCGCCUGACGCGCUCGCUGCGCCGCGCGCGCACUGUGGAGCUGCCCGAGGAUAAUGAAACUGCUGUUUAUACAUUAAUGCCGAUGGUUAUGGCUGAUCAACACAGGUCUGUUUCUGAAUUACUAUCAAAUUCAAGGUUUGAUGUCAAUUAUGCAUUUGGACGCGUGAAAAGGAGCUUGCUUCACAUUGCAGCAAAUUGUGGAUCAGUGGAAUGCUUGGUCUUGCUAUUAAAGAAAGGAGCAAAUCCUAACUAUCAAGAUAUUUCAGGCUGUACGCCCCUUCAUUUGGCAGCUAGAAAUGGGCAGAAGAAAUGCAUGAGUAAAUUAUUAGAAUACAGUGCUGAUGUCAACAUUUGUAAUAACGAAGGUCUUACAGCUAUACACUGGUUGGCUGUGAAUGGCCGGACAGAACUACUUCAUGACCUUGUGCAGCAUGUCAGUGACGUCGAUGUUGAAGAUGCGAUGGGGCAGACAGCGCUGCAUGUGGCCUGCCAGAAUGGUCACAAGACGACGGUGCAGUGCUUGCUAGACAGUGGUGCUGAUAUUAACAGGCCAAAUGUGUCAGGAGCCACUCCAUUGUACUUUGCAUGCAGGAGGAGAGCAAUCAGAGACAGUGUGAAAGAAUGGAAUGGGUUAUCAUCUAAUCAGUUUUUGUUUUUUUUUAAUUAGUUGCGACAAGUUCUGGAGCAUCUGUCUCAGCAAAGUGAAAACCAGUACCUAAAGAUUCUAACAAGCCUUGCUGAAGUUGCUACAACCAAUGGUCAUAAAUUGCUUAGCCUUUCUAGCAGUUAUGAUGCUCAAAUGAAGAGCCUUUUAAGGAUUGUGAGGAUUUUUUGUCACGUCUUUCGAAUCGGCCCGUCUUCCCCCAGUAAUGGAGUCGAUAUGGGCUACAAUGGGAAUAAGACUCCAAGAAGCCAGGUGUUCAAGCCUUUGGAAUUGCUUUGGCACGCUUUAGACGAGUGGUUAGUUUUAAUAGCCACAGAAUUCAUGAAAAACAAGAAGGACUCGGCAGAUAUUACUUCGAUUUUACUGAAACAGAAAGGCCAAGAUCAUCAAGAUGCUACUUCCAUCCCUCCAUUUGAAACUCCAGGCCCUGAGAGCUAUGACAAGCUAGCCACUGGCACCAGGGAAUCUCAACCAGAUGCUCUUGCAGAGACACCGGAAGCCAGUGCGGAUUGUCAGGAUGUUAUUUCUAUGACAGCAAACCGGCUGAGUGCUGUCAUUCAAGCCUUUUACAUGUGCUGCUCCUGUCAGAUGCCUCCAGGAAUGACUUCCCCCCGGUUCAUUGAAUUUGUCUGCAAACAUGAUGAAGUUCUAAAGUGCUUUGUUAACAGAAAUCCCAAAAUUAUAUUUGACCACUUCCAUUUCCUCCUUGAAUGUCCGGAGUUGAUGUCAAGGUUCAUGCAUAUCAUUAAAGCACAGCCAUUUAAAGAUCGCUGUGAAUGGUUCUAUGAACAUUUGCAUUCAGGACAACCAGAUUCAGACAUGGUACACAGGCCAGUGAAUGAAAACGAUAUCUUGCUGGUUCACAGAGAUUCUAUUUUUAGGAGUAGCUGUGAAGUUGUGUCAAAAGCAAAUUGUGCAAAACUAAAACAAGGGAUUGCUGUACGAUUCCAUGGAGAAGAAGGCAUGGGUCAAGGUGUGGUGCGUGAGUGGUUUGAUAUUCUGUCUAAUGAGAUAGUCAAUCCUGAUUAUGCAUUGUUUACCCAGUCAGCUGAUGGAACAACCUUCCAGCCCAACAGCAACUCCUAUGUCAAUCCCGAUCAUUUGAAUUAUUUCCGGUUUGCUGGACAAAUUUUGGGGUUAGCGCUGAAUCAUAGACAGUUGGUCAAUAUUUACUUUACAAGAUCAUUCUACAAGCACAUUCUUGGUAUUCCUGUAAAUUACCAAGAUGUGGCAUCCAUUGAUCCAGAAUAUGCCAAAAAUUUGCAGUGGAUCUUAGACAAUGAUAUUAGUGAUCUGGGGCUAGAACUGACUUUUUCUGUUGAGACUGAUGUGUUCGGAGCCAUGGAGGAGGUGCCUUUGAAACCUGGGGGUGGAAGUAUUCUUGUGACACAAGAUAACAAAGCAGAAUAUGUGCAGCUCGUUACUGAACUUCGAAUGACACGAGCCAUUCAGCCUCAGAUCAAUGCUUUCUUACAGGGAUUUCAUAUGUUCAUCCCGCCUUCCCUUAUCCAACUUUUUGAUGAAUAUGAAUUGGAGUUACUGCUUUCCGGCAUGCCAGAAAUUGAUGUGAGUGAUUGGAUAAAAAAUACAGAAUACACAAGUGGCUACGAAAGAGAAGAUCCAGUUAUUCAGUGGUUCUGGGAAGUUGUGGAAGAUAUUACUCAGGAGGAGAGAGUUCUUCUCCUGCAGUUUGUUACUGGCAGUUCCAGGGUUCCACAUGGUGGGUUUGCUAAUAUCAUGGGUGGAAGUGGAUUGCAGAACUUUACAAUUGCCGCAGUGCCGUAUACUCCCAAUCUUCUGCCAACUUCAAGCACAUGUAUCAACAUGCUCAAGUUACCUGAAUAUCCAAGUAAAGAGAUACUCAAGGACAGACUUCUUGUGGCACUGCAUUGCGGCAGCUAUGGUUAUACAAUGGCAUGAGGAAGCCUGGAAGGCUCUUUGGACUGCCGAGGCACAAUUCAGAGCGGCAGAAGUAAUUUAGGGAACUCUCAAUGGAAAUUGGCCUCAGUGUAGCCCAUAGGCAGGGCUGGUGUUUGAAAUUCAUAAGGAUCAGGGUGUUUUUUGUUUUUUUUCCCCUGUCUCCCUUUUCCCUUUUAUGUUUACUCAGUUUGUGAUUCAAUUAGAAAAAAAAUAAUCACAGACUUCAUUUUUUAAGAUGUUAAUUGAAAGUAGUUGAAAUGGUCCAUUUUCAUAAUUUUGUCCUGAGAUUGUGUUAUGACAAAAUCUUACUCUACAUUCCACUGCUUCUAUGUGUUGUCUUGCUAACAGGGUGUUUUCUCCUUACUUUCCUAUGUAUUAUAAGAAAGCAUCCCACCUUGUAUUGCAUGUAAAGUACCAGUUAUAUUUUGGAAAACUAUUGUAUAGAAUGGAUUGAUUUAGGGUGUGUAUAAAGUCACACAUAAUGUAUUUUCCCACAUUGUAUCUAUAUUGCAAUGAUGUUUUUUAGCAUUUUAAUAUUUUAAUAUAUAAAGUUUAGACCACUGUGAGUGACUAACAGCUGAGGAAAUGAUGUCUAAUUUAUAUAUUAAAGCUUACACUAUAUUGUCUGAAUUAUUUGCAUCCUUUAAUGGACUGUUUUCCAAAUGUAUAUAUUGUGGUCACAAAAUGUUUCUUAUGCCUUAUUUUAAUUUAUAUUUAAGGUAAAAUUAAAAGAAAAUAUUUUACCAUA